AUGGGAAAUCCACAGAGACCACACAAGAACAAAGACUCGGCCCCGCUCGCAGCUGGAACGUCGAUCAUCUCAGAGACCUCAUCGCUUGUCGAUUCGUCGGUGCUCAAGCCGCAGGUUGUUUCGUUGUCGUCUUUCACCGAACCCACCUCUGUGUUAUCUCCCGAGGUCCCAUCGUUUCCCUCCAUCAAGUCGGCCGUUUCCUCGCCAGCUUUUGACCGGUACGAUAACGGAAGAUCCGUCUUGGAACUGAACAGCCCAAAGACGCUGGCCACGGAUCCCAAAAACCUGCUCUUCGAUAACGGCAUCUGGGACGAGAUCUUUGGACUCAUUGUUGGUAACGAGCACCAAUACGAGUCAAUCAGCGUUUCUCCCUCGGCCAAGAUCUGGACUCCGGCAGAACAGCUCAUUGCUAAUGACGACAGAUACUCGAUUGAUGCUUUCAAACAGUACGAGUCAACUUACCUCUCAGACUCGGGUUAUCUCGAUCCCUAUAACUACCGAGAUGUUUCGGGACUGGUUCCUACAUCGAAGAAGUUUCACAUUCGCAGCAUGAAGAAGUCCGAUCUUCCUGAUGUGAUCAUAUUUCAGCGGUCUGAAAUUGAUUACUCUGUGGCCCAGAUCAACUCGGAGAUUCAGAAAUUGUUCAACCCAUACAUCUCCAAAAUGAUGCUAUUAUUCCUGCGUCACGUGAAUCCGUUCUUCCCGGUCUUCUCUCGAGGACGAUUCUACAAUUUUGCCAAACAGGACACAAAAGUGUUCGCAUCGGUGCUAUUUGCCGGUCUUCUUAUUGUGACCAUCGACUGGUGGGACCGAGAUCCCGAACUGAGUUUAAUUCUCCGUCCAGAUGUGACCAAAUUGAUUGAUAUGACUAUCGACCAGCUCAUGGUAGAGUUGUCUAACCCUUGCUACGGAACGAUCCAGGCUUGCUUGCUGCUAACACAAAUAAUGGGGACCGACAACCAGUCGUCGCGAAUUAAAGAGCUACCCCUAUUGAGUCUUGCUUAUUCGCUCUCACAGGCUAUGGGUCUGAAUGUUAACUGUCUAAACUGGGAGAUCCCAAAUUGGGAAAAGAGAAUCAGACGGCGUCUUUGGUGGACUCUUUUUAUUCAGGAGAAAUGGAUGAGCUUUUCCCUCGGAAAAGGUAGCCAUAUCUCAAAGUCUGACUGGAAUGUGCCGAUGAUCAUGGGCUCAGACUUUGUCUAUUAUCCAGAUCCAGGAGUGGAAGAGCAGCAUCAUACCAACGAGGUCAAGAUUUUCUGUAUAACAGCAGAGCUGACUCUGAUUGUGGACGAGAUUGCAGACGAACUUCUGAAAGUUCGUUCCACUAAGAUGAGCUUGGCCACCACGUACAAGAAAGUGUACGGCUUUUUGACAAGAAUUCGGGAGUUUCAAAAGAGUCACCAGUCGGUGCUCCAGAUAAACGCGAGCGAAUCUGGAGCCACAAGCUGUGCUUUAUGUGUUGCAGUAAUCACACUCAAAGUUGCUCUUUUUCGCACGCUUCUUCACAGGAUCUUAAAUUGGUUUCAAGAAAAGGAAGCUGACGCAAACAAAAUACCCAGUCUAGACGAGUCUGAGAACGACAAACUUGCUACGGAAGCUAUGGAUGACAGCAAGAGGCUGUCGGCAGAGAUUUUAGACGUUCUCAGCCAGCUAAGACCCUAUCACUUUGAGCGGUUCUGGUUCUCCUGGUCAAAGCCCAUUCUCACUAGACCCGAGAGAAUGUUGACUGCGGAAGAGACGCCAUCGAUCACCUGGACAUGGUACGGCUCUACGGCAGCUUUCACAGCGUUGGCCAUAUCAGCCAUUCCUGCGCACCCAAGCACGAUACAGUCCGCAUCCUUUUUAACUAGCUCCAAUGCGCAGUUGGCCAUGAGAGCUAGCACUUCUUCUCUCGGUUUUGUCUCCAGCUCCUUCACGGCUAGUUUGGUCGACAACAGACCAGCACAAAAAGGCGUAAGUCCGUAG